UUAGAAAACAAAAAAAAGUUAAGAAAUGUGGUCUGGUUUUAGUGUCCCUGCAUCGACGUUAACAUCAAUUAGCUGUCCAAGAUCUCAGUCUACACUACUUUCACUCGAGCCACUCUCUGGAUAGAUCUAUCGAUCUGGGCCUCUACAAUAAUGCGCAAGAACUGAAAUUUAUCCAAAAAUGGCGGGGUUCGUAAAUACGGCGGCGUUUGAUUGGAAGGCCGGCCAGAUUCUAACGGUUGCGCUUUUAGUGAUGAUAGCUUCCUUCUACACCGGCACUCUCUUCGCCAACAAUUCCUCUUUCCUCCACGCACCGCAGAAGCAGCGCGACCUACAACCCGAACAGACCCCCUCCGCCGCCAAUGAUUCCGUAAUAUUUAGAAAUAGAGUUAAUCCUACUUAUCGAACCACACCAUUGAGGAUUCCAGAGACAGGGAUGAAUGUAUGCCCAUUGAGAUAUAAUGAAUACAUUCCGUGCCAUGACAUUUCUUACAUCAAGGAGCUGCUACCGAAGUUAGAUCUUUCCAAGAAAGAGGAGCUGGAGAGGCAUUGCCCUCCUGUCAAUAGACGGCUGUUCUGUUUGGUUCCUCCGCCAAUUGACUAUAAGAUACCAAUAAGGUGGCCUAUCAGUAGGGACUACGUUUGGCGAAGCAAUGUGAAUCAUACACAUCUUGCCGAGGUAAAGGGAGGGCAGAAUUGGGUUCAUCCAAAAGAUAAUCUUUGGUGGUUUCCAGGGGGAGGUACUCAUUUUAAGCACGGAGCUCCUGAGUACAUUGAGAGGUUAGGAAAUAUGACAACUAAUGAGACCGGUGACCUCCCCUCUGCUGGGGUAUUUCAAGUUCUAGACGUUGGUUGUGGAGUAGCAAGCUUCUCAGCCUACCUUCUCCCCCUUGAUAUCCAAACUAUGUCCUUUGCUCCGAAAGACGGACAUGAAAACCAAAUCCAAUUUGCUUUAGAAAGAGGAAUAAAUGCUAUGAUAUCAGCCCUAUCCACAAAGCAGCUACCAUAUCCCAGUAACUCAUUUGAGAUGGUUCAUUGUUCCCGAUGUCGUGUUGAUUGGCAUGAGAAUGAUGGCAUUCUGAUAAAAGAAGUGGAUCGUCUAUUGCGAACAAAUGGAUACUUUGUCUACUCAGCUCCUCCUGCAUACAGAAAAGACAAAGAUUUUCCAUUGAUUUGGGAUAAGUUGACGAAUCUCACUUCUGCAAUGUGCUGGAAGCUUGUUGCCCGACAGGUACAGACAGCAAUAUGGAUUAAGCCGGAAAGUAAUUCGUGCCUCCAGCAAAAUGCACAGCAGAGUCUUAUCAGCAUAUGUGAUUCUGCAGACAAUAUGAAACCAUCAUUUCAAACACCAUUAAGGAACUGUGUAGAAGAGCACCACUCACAGAAACUCCCUCCGAAGCCACAACGCCUCUCAGAGUAUUCCAAGACACUCGAUAACCUAGGUAUCAACCGAGAUAAGUUUUUAGCAGACACAAUUUACUGGCAAGAUCAAGUCCGUCACUACUGGAGAUUGAUGGGUGUCGAGGAGGCAGAAAUACGAAAUGUCAUGGAUAUGAAUGCUUUCCUUGGUGGGUUUUCAGUUGCCUUGAGCACGUGGCCCGUAUGGAUCAUGAACGUAGUUCCUGUCAGCAUGAACAACACAUUAUCCGCCAUAUACGACAGGGGCUUGAUAGGUGUCUUUCACGACUGGUGCGAGCCGUUCUCAACAUAUCCGCGUACAUAUGAUCUUUUGCAUGCCAACCGUCUUUUCUCCAACUACAGAAAUCGAGGAGAAGGUUGUUCGCUUGAGGACAUCAUGCUGGAAAUGGACCGUAUGUUGCGACCACAGGGGUUUAUUAUUAUCCGAGGUGAAGAUGAUACUGUCACGUCGAAGAUUGUUGAUCUUGCUCCCAAGUUUCUCUGGGAGACGAAGAUGCAAUUUCUUGAAGACGACCAUAAAAGAAUGGAACCGGUCUUAUUCUGCCGGAAGAAAUUCUGGGCAAUCCUAUGAAUGAUGAGAGAUAUAUGUACCUACACGCUAGUUUGUAUUAGACAUGCACACGGUUCAAAAACCGUCGGUUCCGGUUCGAAACUGGCAGUUCACGGUUCAAAAUUUCAUUGAACCUGAAUGGGCCCGCCAAGGUUCUAGGCGGUACCGGUUCCAGUUCAAAAAACCUACGGUUCAUGGGGUGGUUCAAAACCGAGACUACAAGUCACAACUUAUAAUGUUGGACUUGAGCCUUUGAGAGUGAAAGUGAAACACAAAAUAUUCAAGGAUGUCUCUAUAAAAGUGAAACAACCAAUAAUGAUUUCUAUUAAAA